UUGGGAGUCAGUUGCGCUUUUGCGCUCCAGCCAGCACAACACUCGGACGCGCACAACCAGUCGCCGCGCAUCGGUGCCUGCGCACGGGCCGAGGGUUUUAUUCCAACACGCAGCUGGUGUAUCGAAGAUCUCUUUUUGUAUUUUUUUAUAAAUUGCCUUUUGUAAUUUCGUGUCUUUGGGAAGGUUGAUAUAUUAUUCCUUUGCGCGAUGGAAAAGAUGUCUCGACCUCUUCCUGUAAACCCAACUUUCCUACCUCCGACCCACGGUGUCCUGAAAUCCCUGCUGGAGAACCCCAUGAAACUGCCAUUUCACCAUGAUGACGGCUUUGGUAAAGACAAAGAAAAGGAGAAGAAGUUGGAGGAUGAUGGAAACAAUCUCACCAGCCCUCAGUCCGCCUUUCUGGGCCCAACGCUGUGGGACAAGACCCUGUCAUAUGACGGUGAUAACUUCCAGCUGGAAUACAUGGAUUUAGAGGAAUUCCUGUCAGAGAACGGUAUUCCUGCCAACAAUCAGAGCGAGAACCAAGCUUCCCCGCAGCCUCCCUCCACCCCACCCACACCUACUGUGGUGGAUCUCAGUAGCAGAGCAACUACUUCUGUUCACUCCGCGAUAGUCGCCCAGAACUGCCAUACGAGCCCCAAUAGAGCAGUUCCUCCCAGCUCACGUGACACACCCAGUCCAAUAGAUCCAGACUCAAUCCAGGUUCCAGUCGGGUACGAGCCCGACCCUGCGGACCUCGCCCUAUCCAGCGUCCCGGGCCAGGAGAUCUUUGACCCCCGCAAACGUAAAUUCUCCGCAGAGGAGCUAAAGCCACAGCCCAUGAUCAAGAAGGCACGCAAAGUCUUUAUUCCUGAAGACCUAAAGGAUGAGAAAUACUGGGCACGGCGCAAAAAGAACAACUUUGCAGCGAAACGUUCCCGGGAUGCUCGCCGGCUCAAAGAGAACCAGAUCGCCAUCCGAGCCGGGUUCCUGGAAAAAGAGAACACGGCGCUCAGACAGGAAGUGGCCGAGUUGCGGAAGGAGCUUGGCCGCUGUAAGAACGUUCUGGCCAAAUAUGAAGCGCGGCACGGCCCUCUGUGAACCCUGAGCUUUCGCCAAUCACCAUGAAUAGCCCCACCCACCACCACCACCACUUUCCAGGGACUUGUGUGCCCUUGUUGAGAGGCACCAAUUUCACCUCUUUCUCUGUACAAAACUUCUUUUGAUGUCGAUAUUUGAAUUAGUUUUUAAUUUGUGUAUCAGUCUUUCUCAACUCAUUCACAGUACGUCUCUGUAUUUGUUUAUUUUUCACCAACGACUGAUCAUUUAUUUGGAAUGAUUACUUGUCAUUUUUCUCUGAAGUGUUUUAUACACCUGUAAUAUGGACUAAGAACUGAUCCUUCGCGUCUGUCAAUCAUCCGCUUUGCCCCUCCCUAUUUCCCCAGAGGCUCCGCCCACUACCUGUCACACGAGAGAGUUCAUUUUAUGUAUAUUAAUGUAUUUUAGUUGAGCAGCUGUAUGCAGAUUUCUUUAUGUAAAGUGUUUAUAACACUAGCUAGUGUCAGGGUAUGUUUAUAUUUAAUUUUUUUCUUUGUCAGUCAUUUGUCAGUUUUGGUUAUUAUUUCUUUCAAACCAACACCAGCGUUGACGUUUUUUAUCUUUCCUACAUUGUCCACGGAGCAAUAAUCUCUUUAGAGGGCAAAAAGUCAAAUGUAAGCUAGAUCGUCUGAAGUUUCUUCACAUAGCGCCGUGUCUGGAUGAUGAAGAGCAUCUCGUCAUUUUUGCUGUAAUGCGGAAACUUUUCCUUAAAUGCUGAAUCCAUAUAUAUAGUAGUCGUCUCUUUCUCUCUCUCUCUCUCUCUCUCUCUCUCUCUCUUUGUGGCUCUAACCCCUGCACUAAAGCGUCUCUCACAAUCUGAUCCGGUGCAAUGUUUCUACCUACAAUAUAAUCUGCCUGAUAUAUUUAUGACUUUUGUUUUUUGAAUGAAAGAUUUUUUUUUUCAGAAAUAUUCAGCUGUUAAUUAUUACUAUUGUUCUGGCUGUUAUUGUUAUGGCUCUACGGUAAUUUUCCUGAUGGCUUAUUGUUUUAGCAUGACUGUUGUUUCACAGCCUCGAGCUAUUUGUAAAUGGGUAAUUUCGUUUAUUAUUCCUCCUUAAAAAUUUUCUUGUAUUUUUUUACCCAGAGCAUGUUUUAGAUUUAGUUUGUUUUGAAGUCACGACAGAGAGAUUUUGUAGUGAUAAUGAUUUUUAGCUUUGCGUGUCUGUAUGACUGUAUUGAAUGUGUAAAAGAUUUUAAGCUGUCGGUUCAGCAGAACGGUGUUGUCUCAAAUACUGUGGUUAAAUCCGUGAGUUUGUUUAUUACAGACCAAAUGAUACAGCACACAAGAAGAUAUAUUGAUAAAACAGAGUUUUAAUGUUCUAUAUAUAUAUGAAAACUAUAUAAAUUUGCUUUUGUACAGUAUUUUUCCAAUAUAAUACUGUCUGAAUAUUUUCAAGGCACAAACGCAUAGUGAAAGUAAAAGCAUAGCUAUACAUCUAAUGUAGUGUAUAACAGGGAGUUAUAGCGAGAUAUUUUUGGUUAUCUGGGCAUUAAAUAUAUUCUGCACCCUUGUAUUAAAAUAGCCUUUAGUAUUCUGUCUCAGGGAACUUUAGCAACCGGACCUCACACAUUAAAAUUCACGUGAAAAUAAAUACUUUUGUACAUGACUAAAUGCAGUUCCUCUUACAGUAAAGAGGUGUUUAUUUUUUUCACCACAAUGAUGUCAGUAUAACUCACAUUCAGUGCUUUCUUAUAGUAUUGCUAUUUGUUCUUUGAAUGGAAAUCUAAAGGCUAUGCUUCAAGUCUACUUUAUUAAGUCGCUGACACGGCCCAUGUUGGUAAUGAAUGUUCAGUAAAGGCAGCUUAGAAAGCUUUCGCUUGCUUUGAAUGUUAAACGUAAAGUCUUGUUGUCGAUGGAGUCACUGGUUGUGUUUAAAAUCACCUACUACUGGGCAAUAUACACACUACUAGUUCAGUAUAUACAGUAGGAAGCUGAUAUUUCAUGUCUGCCACUCAAUAUAGUUUAUAUGGAACUAAUAAACAAUAACAUUUCCCCUUUACUGGUUGUGGCGGUUCCUCUGAUCUAGAAUCAGUUUUCUGCAUGUUAUAAAGGAUAAUGCAGGGUUAUAGGUCUGGGGUUAAAUCUGCAUUGCCAGACUGUAAAUAAAAUGCAGCAUGAACUUGGUAUUGCAAGUCAAUUCAACCUACUAAUUUAAGUUUUGACAUAAAAAAGUUGAAAUAACUUACUUUAACUUAACAAACUAUGUUGAUUUGACAAAAAUGCUGGAUUUUUUAAAGUGCAACAGCGAAUCUGAAAGUCUGCCAUUGUUUAGGCCAAAGUUUUUGAUGUGCACACUUUUUGUGUUUUUGUUAAGGAUCGUCUGGGCAGGAAUGGCGCUGUUGUAAUUUUUUGUCUUGUGUGUUCUUUAAAUGUUCCUUUAUUUUCUUGUUUAUUUGUUUGUUGCAUAAAUGCAGAUGUACAAAGUCUGUAGAGCAAGUUGCGUGUGUGCAUAAAGCCCUUUGUAGUUCACAACAUGACUGUUUCCAUCUGUACAAAACUGAAAUAAACCCAGGAUGAAGCCAAACCAC